UUUUAGUCUUGACAGGUCCAAAUCUGCUGCUGCGAGUCAGGUGGAGGUGACGCCGUCGCCCCAUUCAACACGAGAACUUUACUGGACAUUUUAAUGAAAAAGUUAUGUUACUUUAACAGCUGGUUACUUGGUGUUUGAAGAGUGACAGAUAGGUCAUUUAAAAGUUUAUAGCGUAAAGCUACAGCGGACGACUUGUAAGGAACGAGUUUUGUCAGGAAACGCACAGGGCGCACAUGGUACAGAUGCUGCCAGUCACACUGCGGUAGUUUGACACACACUUGCGACAAAUUUGCGAGUUGUGCGUCGACACAAAAACACAGGAAGAAGUCUAAAAACGGAUGUGUGACAAUGACCCAUGCCGUGAGUACGGUCAGCAGUGGGGUUUCUGCUCUGUUGGGCUGCAGUUUGACAUUUUAGCAACACAUGCUUCCUGCUAGGGGCGUCUUUGGCGGCCACUGCUCUUUUUGGAUUAUUUGUUGCACUGUUGGACCAGUAGAGUAAAAAAGCGUGAUUGGACAAGUAUUGUGAAGACAUGGGGACUCAGGGCACAGGACGGAAAAGAAAUCCCAAUAAGGAGAGGUCGACGGCCGAGGAUGAUGCCCUAAAUCUCAUAGCGAGAGAGGCCGAGGCCAGGUUGGCAGCGAAGAGGGCAGCCAGGGCAGAGGCCAGAGAGAUCCGCAUGAAGGAGCUGGAGAGACAACAGAAAGAGCUCUCAGACGACGAUGAGCGGAUGUCAGUGGGGAGCAGGGGCAGUGUCAGGGUGGAGGACAGAGAUUAUCUUGAAAAGGGAUCUCGAGCAGCAUCUGCUUUAACAGCAGCAACCCUCACCUCUUUAGGAGGGACUUCUUCCCGAAGAGGAAGUGGAGAGACAGCUAUAACUUUAGAUACCGAGGCGUCCAUACGAGAAAUCAAGGAGAUUCAUGAACUGAAGGAUCAGAUUCAAGAUGUGGAAUCCAAGUACACGCAGAACCUCAAAGAAAUCAAGGAUGCUUUAGUGGAGGUGGAGGAGAAGUACCGCAAGGCCAUGGUGUCCAACGCCCAGCUGGACAACGAGAAGAACAACCUGAUGUACCAGGUCGACACACUGAAGGACUCUCUCAUGGAGCUGGAGGAGCUGCUGUCUGAGUCACGCCGUGAAUAUGAGGAGAAAGUUAAGGAGUACGAACGAGAGAAGCAUGCCCACAGCGUCCUUCAGUUCCAGUUCAAUGAGAUGAAAGAGACGCUAAAGCAAAGCGAAGAGCUGCUAAACAAACACGGAAUAGUGUUGGGACCUGAUCUGAACAUCAAUGGGGAAGUCAUUGAAGGAGAAACUGAAGGGUCAUCCAGUGGAGAUCCCGCCUCCCGACUGGCUCAGGAUUCACAAACGUCCCCAAUGGAAGGGAACAGUAUGCUCGGCAGCACACAGGAGAUUCAGUUGAGAAGUAGCGGAGAGGAAGAGGUGGCUCCAGAUCAGCAUCAAGAAAUACUCAAGGAAGCUAAAGAGAUCCACUCGAGCUCUGAAACACCCUGUAAUCUCACUUGUGUUUCCACAUCUAGAGAAGAGCAAGAGGCAUGCUUGCAAGCAGUAGAAGACGGUGUCAGAGAAAAUGCCGUCAGCAAUGACUCUGACGUUGAAAUUAAUGACUCUAAAAUCACAGAUGAAAAAAACACAGUGAUGUACAACUCUCAGUUUGAAGGGAUUGCAACAAGUCCUGAAGAAAAACUCACAGGGACAGAAAUGGUGGAGGUGGGAGAUAUAGAGGAAGCAAGUAAAGGGGAGAUAGGAGCAGAAAAAAUUAGUACUGUUGAUUCAGAAAACAUAGUCAUUGAGUGUAGUGAUGAUAUGAGAGAGACAUGUAACAGUGUCUCUGAAGAGCAAGUAAACAGACCAGAGGACGCUGAGGGAAGUAAGUCAGCUAUGAGCUGUACAGACUUGUGUCCGGAUCAAGAAGCCACUGAAGAUAACAUGAAAGUAUGCUCACCUGAUGAUUCAACCUCAGCCGUAUCAAAUAUUGAACUUCAACACGAGGCCGUGAAUGCCGAAGAGGCAGAGAAUGAGGAGUUAGAGGAAAUUUCGAACAAAUCUCAGACUCGGGAUGCUACAGGCAAAAAGAAGAAAAAGAAGAGGAGAGGCAAGAAGAAGAAGGGAGGUGCUCAUGAGGAUGAAAAGCAAAAGAGCGAUGCAAAGGAAAAAAGUGUAUUGAUGGAGAAGGAAAAUAGCAAAACAGAGAAAGAUUUAGACUUGCCUCCAAGCAAUAAUGAGCCUACAGCAGAACCUGAGGUUGACAAUUCUUCCAUUAAAGCCUUGCAGGAAUCAAGAGUAAAUACAAGUCAGGAUGAGCAGGACAAAGCACAUGUUGUGGAGACUGACGGAGUCGAAGCAGUGGAAUCUGUAAUGAGCAUCAAUACACAGUCCAAUGUCAGUGCAGUUAAUCUUACUGACAACUCAGAAACUACUCAAGGCACUGAGGAACAUGAUGGAGAAUGCACUGCGAAUAUAGAUAACUCUAAAUAUGAAACAGAAGUCUCAACCAAGACUGGAGUUGUUCAGAUUGAAUCAGAAAUAGCUGAUAUUGCAGAGAAUGAAACAUGGUCUAUAAAUGAGGUCAAAUUAGAAAGCACAACUGAUAGCCCUGAGGACACUGUAGAAACCACAGACUGUAAGGAAAACCUUGAGGUUGAUUCACCAGAGCCAACUAAUGCUGAUGCACCCACAGACCAAUCAGAAUCCACAAACAACUCUGAGAUUGAGGACAACAAGUCGGUUGUUCCAUUGAAUGACGAUGGCUUCACUGACUGUCUUGAGAGCUCAUCUUUCUCAGAGGGGCCAUCCACAAUGAUCAGCGCAGGAAAUGAUGCUGCCAUUGUGGUUUCCAUUGGAGACCCUGUGGAGGUGACAGAGACAGUCAAGGAUGAAGAGGAGCCAGGAGUAAAGAUGGAACAAAAAUCCUUUUCUUGCAGUGCCACUGCUGCCGAUCAUGAUGAAGGCUACGCAGAGAUAAAACUGGACAGGACAGGAGAGGAGGAGCUGAAUGGAGGCUUGUCAGGACCAGAGGAAUCACCUCAGCUUGACAGCACCUCAGUGCCAUUCCCAACAGAUACAGAAACAAGUGACAGCACUGACAGUGCAUCAUCAUCAAUAAAACACAAUGCAUUUGUUCCAGAAAACAGCAUUUCAGAGACAGAUAUCCAAGCUGAACAUUUUGAUGAUGUAUCUAGUUUUCCAGUGGAAAGCCAAGAUUUGAACACAGCACACCGCGUGGAUCAAAAUGAUGAAUCCAAAUCUGAAUUUACCUUGGAAACGGAGGAGAGUGACAUUAGGAUAUUACAGACAGCGGACUCUGAUGAAGUCGCUGACAUCGAUUCCCCUAACAAGCAGGACGACAGUGAUGGAGGAUCAGCCAUUGCUCAAGAUCAUGAACAUCAAAAUAGCCAAUAUGACCAGGGAAGUGAAAAAUCUCCUUGUCCAGAGGAAAGACAACAAGAUGACUCCAACGACGACAAGCCAGACGAUAGCACAGCGCCUCAACCAGCCCAGCAGGAUAGCAAUGAAGAGGACGACGAAGAUGAGGAAGGGCAGUCGUUUGACUUUGAUGACAUGGAUAUGGAGGAAGCCAUAGCCGCAAAUGACAGUUUAACAGCAACACAGGAGGAUGAUGAGAGUGGAGUGGAAGUCACAUCAGACGAAGACAACAAUGAUGAUUCAGUGGCAUCCCACUGUGAUUCUGCAUCAAAUGAAGUCACAGAGCCACAGCUGCAAACAGAAGAGGAGCCUGCUGAGAGCAAUGAAAAGAAGUGUACGACUGCUGAGGACAGCAAGGCGGACAUACCAGAUGAGCUGGAUACUGUCUCUGAGGCUGACCCAAACUCAGUGGAUAACAAGGAAGCCCCAUCUGAAAAGGGGGAGGAUGAACAACAAAACACAGUGGAGAAGGAAUCAGGUGUAGCAGAUGAAUCCAGGGACAUUUUAGAGGAAGGAGAGGCUGGCAUUGUUGGUGAGCUGGGGAUUGUAGCAAGCAACCUUGUUGAAGAAGUAAACCAGGAGUUGUGUUCACCAGUAGGGCAAGGAGAAGAUGCCAUUAAGCAUGAACUGCAGAGUGAGGGCAAAGAGAGCAGCGACAUAGAGCCACCAUUAUCGAGAAAAGAUUCAAAAAAGAACAGCAAGAAAGGUAAAACAAAGGGUAAAGAAGAAUGUAAGAUGUCUUAGUAUAUUGCUUAAAAGGUUUGAUUACCUCACUUUUGUAAAAAAAAAAAAAAAAAAAAAAAAAUUAAAUACAGUGUCAUCAUUUUGUAUUCAUUCCAAAGGCAAUAUAUGUGUUUAUUGUUUUGUCAAUUUG